CUGCCCCCAUUUAUCCGCUGUCCGGGGCCGGUCCGGUGUUUUCCUGCGGUCAGACAGAUGAGCAGCAGGUCAUUGUGGACGCAGGAACGUACCUGCAGCGACAGACACGCUCAACUAACCGCAGGCUGAGAGCUGAGCGAGACCAUAUUAACAAAGCCCCCUUCAGGGCUUCAAAGCAAGUACAGCAACAUCUGGUUAGCAGCUUUUAAAGACUGGGGUCGAAGCUUCACAACUGAUUUUCAUUAUCUGUGACGACGUGACCAUAAUGAAUCCAGUGUACAGCCCUGCGCCAACAGGGGUCCCCUUUACCAAUACUAAGGGUAUAGGGUACCCAGCAGCUGGAUUUCCUGUUGGCUAUGCAGCAGCUGCUCCAGCAUACACUCCCAGUGUCUACGCAGGAGCAAACCCAGCUUUCCCCAGUGGCUAUGCUCCAGGCACUCCUUUCAAAAUGUCCUGCUCUCCCAACACAGGGACUGUCCCACCAUACUCCUCCUCACCCAACCCCUACCCUGCUGCUGUUUACCCUGUCAGGAGCUCCUACCCCCAACAGAACCCAUACGCCCAGGCAUUAAUACCCUCACAACAACAAGGCACUUACUACACACAGCCGCUGUAUGCUGCUGCACCGCCUCAUGUUAUUCAUCACACAACCGUGGUCCAGCCGAAUGGGAUGCCUGCAGCCAUGUAUGCCCCACCAAUCCCUCCGCCCCGCCCCAACGGUGUUGCCAUGGGGAUGGUGGCUGGCACCACCAUGGCCAUGUCCGCUGGAACUUUGUUGACGACUCCAUCACCAGCGCCUGUUGCCCCCCACCAAGUCACGAUGCCCACAUAUCGGCCUCCUGGCACACCCAGCUACAGCUAUGUGCCCCCGCAGUGGUGAAGAGAGGGAAGCGUCAGAAGAUGGUAGAUAUGCAUUCACACUCUACUCCAGUGUUUUUUGCUCUUGGUGAAGACCUGUUCUGCCAGUGUCUGCAACCAGUUACUCUUCUUCCAGCAUAAUGUGAAUCUAAAACACAAAUACAUAGAAAGAGGCCCAUUCAGACAGGGGGGAGGUGAAGAAUAGGCUCGUCCCCAUGACCCCCUCUUAACGGAAUAAGACUGCAUCCCACGCCACACCCCAGCGCCAGCACCCCUACAACCUGCCGCAUAUCUCACAUCAAACAGCAAAGCCUCCAUGCAAACUUUUUGUGGACUGUCAUGCAGGUUUUUAUAGUUUAAACUCUUAAGUGGUGAAAAGGGAGUUUGGAAUUGUUUUUUUUUUUUUGUUUUUUUUUUUAAUUUGGGAGAAGCGUACGGUGUUGAAUGCAUGUGUAUAUAUAAAUAUAUGAAGUAUUGCUAGCUCAGUCUACCUGCUGUGACAGAUGCAAAAUCAACAAAAGGCACACAUCCAAAGGAACUUAAAAAAGUAAUAAUCUGCAAUGCUGAAUCACCAGUGACCAUGUCUUAUAUGUGAAAGAAAAGACAAGAAACGUUUCUUCAUGCAAAAACAUACCUGCACAAAUCAGUGCAGACUAAACUGUACUAUUUUCACUGCUUUGUGUUUUGGUAAGUGAUGCUAGGUUUUUAUUGUUUCUUUCGGUGAUGCAGUAUAUGCAUUAUGUCUUACCAUUUUUGUAUUUUAGGAGAAAGGUUGAACUUUGAGUUUAUGCCUCUGACUGAUGGCCAUACCUACACUUCAUCACUUCAUGUGUUUUAUUUUUCCUGCCAUGCCACUCGUUUUAGGAAAAAAAACCCAUCUGAAGCAGCUUUUGUUUCCUGCUUGAAACACUUUUGGGUGAUUUCUGUGUUAAUUCACUUAUUUUAGCUGCAAAUAUUAGUGGUGGGGAGCAAGCAGAGGAUGUUUUUUUUAUUUUUUAUUAUUUGCACCGUGUGUGUGUGUGUGUGUGUGUGUGUGUGUGUGUGUGUGUGUGUGUCUGUGUGUGUGUGUGAGAGAGAGAGAGUCUAUGUGUUUGCAUGAAAGAGGACUAAAAUAAAAACCAUUAAAAAUGUUGCCACAGUGUGACAUGCUUUGCGUUUUUGACCUGUUACAAUAAUCAGUUUGUCCUUAGGUCUGAAGCGCUACAUCAUGAAAUCACUGCUAACUGUGUACAUGUUAGGGAAACAUGAUGUGGUUAAACUCCAUUUGUGAAAAGCAUUACUGAGUGAAGGCACUAAUUAAAAAAAAAAAAACGUUCAUAAAGAUAUCUGACCUUUUGACAUCGCUCGCUCGCUGUUAUACCUCAAGGUUCCAGGCUGACCCACAUAUCACUGUUUCAGACAUGCUUUUCUAUGUUGCCUCAGUCACCUCAGUUAAAUAAUAUGUUUUGUAAAUGUUAUUUUUGUGAUUUUGGUUCUUGUUUUGUAUUCUAAAGAAAGACCAAAAAUAAAAACAAAUAUCAGAAUAA